CCCCCUUUCUCUGAGCCACCCCCUCCUCCAGCCUUCCAAAAGACUGUGCCAGUCUCUUGAUUUUAAGUGCCCCUCUCUGGAUCAGCAACCAGCCCCUCCUGCACCUCCAAAUUCUAGAUCUACAGGCUGGCUGGGAGAGGCUGCUGGGGAAGCCCUUGGGCGCAGCCUGUGACUCAGGAUAUAGGACUGGGCUGGGCAGGGUGGCUUUGCUCUCUUUCAGGCCUGUGUCCCCAGCUACUGGAAAAGGGUGGGGGCUGACUUAUGUGUAAGAGAGGAUUGAGGCAGAAGCCUUUGAAGCUCAGGUGGGGAGAGUGGGCUCUGUCCUGAAGCCCAGAACUCCCAGUUCAGCAUUAGCGGCUGAGAAGAGACCCUACCAGUGUCCCAGAAGCCUCUGAUAGGCUAGGAGGAGAGCCUGGGCUGGAAAGCUUUUAACUACCUGUUCUUGCUCUCGGAGCUCUUGCUGUGGUAGAAUGUGUUUACUCAGAUGUGGGUCUCUGCUAAUGUCAGGAGGCACAGGAUGCCAAUCCUCCUCAACAGGGACCAAGGUGCCAGGACCCAGAGCUGGAUGAAGCUGGGGUGCUGAGCCUGGCUGUGCCUGGGGCUCCAGCUUGUGUUUGCUCUGUGAGGCCUGAGGGAGCGGUGCCAGCACUAUACACACAGCCUGCUCUGUUCUGGGGCCAGGGAAAAGGAACGGGUUGGGGGCAUUUCUCCUGGGAGCCAGGAGCAGGGAGACUGGAGUAGGCAGGGGCCCCAGGUCCUGGAUGGUUCACUGGGGCAGCUCCAAAGGCCCAAUGAUUUAUAAUUACUAUUCUACUCCCUUACCCCUCAAUCUGGCUGGCAAGCCAUUCUGGACAAGUGGGGCUAACUCAAGAGGAAACAAGACAGAGUCAUAGUGGCAGCUUGGAGACUUGGACACGGGUCCUUGAAGUGAUCUGGAGACCCCAGCAUCACAUCCGCCACCAUUCCGUGCUGCAGGGAUACCAUGGCCCCAGAAGAGGACGCUGGAGGGGAGGUCUUAGGGGGCAGUUUCUGGGAGGCUGGCAACUACAGACGGACGGUGCAGAGGGUUGAGGAUGGGCACAGGCUGUGUGGGGACCUGGUUAGCUGCUUCCAAGAACGUGCCCGAAUUGAGAAGGCCUAUGCCCAGCAGCUGGCUGACUGGGCCCGGAAGUGGAGGGGUGCUGUCGAGAAGGGCCCACAAUACGGCACUCUGGAGAAGGCCUGGCAUGCCUUCUUCACUGCGGCUGAGCGGCUGAGCGAGCUGCACUUGGAAGUGAGGGAGAAGUUGCAUGGUCCAGACAGCGAGCGAGUGCGGACCUGGCAGCGCGGGGCUUUCCACCGGCCAGUGCUGGGGGGCUUUCGGGAAAGCCGGGCUGCAGAGGAUGGUUUCCGUAAGGCCCAGAAGCCCUGGCUAAAGAGGCUGAAGGAGGUUGAGGCUUCUAAGAAGAGCUACCACACAGCCCGCAAGGAUGAGAAGACAGCCCAGACCCGGGAGAGCCACGCGAAGGCAGACAGCUCCAUGUCCCAGGAGCAGCUUCGAAAAUUACAGGAGCGGGUGGGACGCUGCACCAAGGAGGCAGAGAAGAUGAAAACCCAGUAUGAACAGACCCUGGCAGAGCUAAAUCGCUAUACCCCACGCUACAUGGAGGACAUGGAGCAGGCCUUUGAGAGCUGCCAGGCUGCUGAGCGGCAGCGACUUCUCUUCUUCAAAGAUGUGUUACUCACCUUGCAUCAGCACCUUGACCUCUCCAGUAGUGACAAGUUCCAUGAACUCCAUCGAGACCUGCAGCAGGGCAUCGAGUCUGCCAGUGAUGAAGAAGACCUGCGCUGGUGGCGUAGCACACAUGGGCCUGGCAUGGCCAUGAACUGGCCACAAUUUGAGGAAUGGUCCUUAGACACACAGAGAGCCAUCAGCCGGAAGGAGAAGGGUGGCCGGAGCCCUGAUGAGGUUACUCUGACCAGCAUUGUACCUACAAGAGAUGGCACGGCUCCCCCACCCCGGUCCCCGUCAUCCCCAGGUAGUGGGCAGGACGAGGACUGGUCAGAUGAGGAGAGUCCCCGGAAAGCUGCCACUGGGGUGAGGGUGAGGGCACUUUAUGACUACGCAGGUCAGGAAGCUGAUGAGCUGAGCUUCCGCGCAGGGGAGGAGCUGCUGAAGAUGAGUGAGGAGGAUGAGCAGGGCUGGUGCCAGGGCCAGCUGCAGAGUGGCCGCAUUGGUCUGUACCCUGCCAAUUAUGUAGAAUGUGUGGGCGCCUGAGUGCCCUGACAGCCCUACAACGGUGUCUCUCUAACCUGGGCCAGAGCUCAACCCUUCCUGGAUUUCUGGACCUGAAGGCCCUGAACCAUAUGCUGCUGCUGUCCCUCUGUUCCCACAGGAGGAAGUCUUCCCCACAGACCCUAUGAAGGGAAGGGGUCUGUGUCUAGAAAGAGGACAACAGAGUUUAGGUUGAGGGCAGGUUGGGAGGUUGGAAUGACAGAGGGUUGAGAGGUGCCUGAGCCUCCCCAGGAGCAGGGGGAUCCAGUUCCUAAACUGUUUAAGUUCUUGGGGUGAGGUUGGGGAGAAUGUAGUUUGGGGCUAGCAGCACCUUCUUUUGUGACUUCUUGUAGUGUGUAUUAAAUUUGAUCAAGAAUAAAAACCCCA